AUGCCAGCUACUGAGGAAGUUGUUGCUGCCCCGAGUGCAGCUACUGGUGAUAAUCUCGCUGUCGUGGUACCAUCCAACACUGGCGCAUCAAUAACUGCACCAAUUGGAAAGAAGAGGAACAUGGUGGCAAGGAUGAAUGUCAAUGUUCCAACAUCAAAAGCUCUGAAAUCGCACGCGAAAUUGCAACAUAAUCAUCCGCCUUACGGAAAUAUGAUUAAGGAGGCACUGCUGGCUACGCAGGAUAAGAAGGGUUCGAGUCGUGCGGCAAUCCUGAAGUACAUCAUGCAGAAUUUUGCGGUCGGCGAAAACCCCACUAUAGUUAAUGCACACCUUAGAAUGGGAUUGAAACGCGGCGUAGCAUCAGGAGCUCUGAAGCAAAUGAAAGGAACCGGUGCCUCUGGAUCAUUCCGUUUAGUUGAUGCAAAAUCCGAACAGCCCAAAAAAGUCAAGAAGUCAGCUACUGCAAAGUCUACUACAACUAGUGAUAUGAAAAUGCUGUCACCGAAAAAGUCUAUGAAGGCAAAAUCUAGCACAAAAAAGGUAGCUUCGCCAAAGAUCUCGAAACCAAAAGCUGCAUCGAAGAAGAAAGCAAGUACUGCUUCUGCAGGAGGAGUUCGGAAGAACAAAAAGGCCGCUGGCAGACCGAGAAAGACAAAAGCUUCGCCGGUUAAAUCGAAAGCGACAAAGAAGUCGACAGUGGCACACGCAAGGAACAAGAAGGUUGCGGCUUAA